AUGGCUGCAGCAGACGCCACCGCCCUACCCGAAGAGCUCUCCGCCCCUCAGCAGGCCAAGCAGGACAUCAACCCGUGGUCUGUGUCGGGCGAGGUGGGCGAGGAUGGCAAGGUCAAGGCGAUUGACUACCGCAAGCUGAUUGACGAGUUUGGGACGUCUGAGAUUGAUGAUAAGCUGCUGGAACGCUUCGAGCAAGUGACGGGCCAGAAGCCGCACCGUUUUAUGCGCCGCGGCAUCUUUUUCAGCCAUCGCGACAUGCACGCCAUUCUAGAUCGCUACGAGAAGAAUGAGCCGUUCUUCAUCUAUACUGGCCGUGGGCCGAGCAGUGACAGCAUGCACAUUGGGCACACCCAAGUGUUUGACUUUGUCAAGUUUGUGACCUCACUCAACCUUCCCAGGUGGCUUCAAGAUGUCUUUGACGCCCCCCUAAUUGUCAUGUUGACUGAUGAUGAAAAGUACCUGUUCUCGGAAAAGAGAACCGUCGACGAAGUCAUUGGCUACUCCAAGCAAAACUGCAAAGACAUCAUCGCCGCCGGCUUUGACAUGAAAAAGACAUUCAUCUUUUCCGACUUUGAAUACGUUGGCGGUGCCUUUUACAAGAACAUUGUGCGCUUCGCCAAGCGCGUCAACUUCAACACGGCCAAAGCAGUAUUUGGUUUCGACGGAAGCUCCAACAUUGGCAAGAUUCACUUUGCCAGCAUCCAAGGCGCGACCGCCUUUGCCGGCUCGUUCCCGCACAUCUUUGGCACUGACGAGGCCGCGACGGCCAAAAUUCCGUGCCUCAUCCCUUGCGCCAUCGAUCAGGACCCCUACUUCCGGCUGACGCGCGACUGCGCCGCCGGUCUCAAGUACGCCAAGCCGUCGCUGAUUCACAUGCGAUUCCUCGACGCCCUCCAGGGCCCCGGCUCGAAGAUGUCGGCCAGUGACGACACGUCGGCCAUUUUCCUAAGCGACUCGGCCAAGGCCAUCAAGACCAAGAUCAACAAGUACGCGUUCUCGGGCGGCAAAGAGACGCUGGAAGAACACAGAGAAAAGGGCGGCAACGCGGACGUGGACGUCUCGUACCAAUAUCUGCAGUUUUUCAUGGAAGACGAUGCGGAACUGAAGAGAAUCAAGGAAGAAUACAACAGCGGUAGAAUGCUGACAGGAGAGCUCAAAGCUAUUUGUAUCGAGUAUCUGCAGAAAUACGUCGCCGACUUCCAGGAGCGCCGGACCAAGGCUACUGACGACGUGGUCGCGCAGUUCAUGGCGGUGCGGCCGCUCGAAUGGAAGGGCAACUCCAAGGUGCCGCGCGCCGACCUCGUCGUACCUGUCACGUCCGCUGGCACCGAAGAAGCGGCAGUGGAGGGCGACGGCAAGUUGACCAAGAACCAGAUGAAGAAGCUCCUCAAGGAGCAGCAAAUUGCGGCGAAAAAGGCAGAGAAAGAAGCGGCCAAGGCCAAGGCGGGUGCGGCAUAA